CCAACCUACCAAACACAGUUAAUACCAACAUUUUGUUACAGUCCACGCUCACAACUCUACAAGAAGACCCAAAUAUGGAGAUGGGUGGGUCGUUUAGUUAGUAGGAAAUGUAAAGAAUUACGUCAUGUGAGAAGAAGGGUGUUGAAACGCUGAAUAGCAUCUUGCUGAGAUUUGAUUUCCUCAGUUAAACUUUAUAACUUCACCAAUGCCUGGUAUCAGCAUGCCGUUGGGGAACAUGUUCUGCUCCCGCUGUGGGGACGGGUUUGAACCACAUGAGAAGAUUGUGAACUCGAAUGGGGAAUUAUGGCAUCCACAGUGCUUCGUUUGUGCGCAGUGUUUUCGAGCUUUCCCAGAAGGAAUCUUCUAUGAGUUUGAGGGUCGAAAGUACUGUGAACAUGACUUCCAUGUGCUCUUUGCACCAUGCUGUGGGAAGUGUGGAGAGUUUGUGAUUGGUCGCGUGAUCAAGGCCAUGAAUUCCAACUGGCAUCCCCGCUGUUUUCGUUGUGAGAUGUGUGACAAGGAACUUGCAGACCUGGGUUUUAUCCGCAAUCAAGGACGUGCGCUGUGCCACGAGUGCAAUGCUGAGGCUAAAGCUGUUGGCCUUGGCAAAUAUAUCUGCCAUAAGUGCCAUGGGCUAAUUGAUGAUAAGCCAUUGCGUUUUCGAGGUGAGGUAUAUCAUGGCUACCAUUUCAACUGUACAGCCUGUGGUAUAGAGCUCACUUCAGAGGCUCGUGAAGUUCGCAGUCGUCCUGGGUUUGCAGCCAAUGAAAUGAAUGAGCUGUAUUGCCUGCGCUGCCAUGACAAGAUGGGUAUUCCCAUUUGUGGUGCUUGCAGGCGACCUAUUGAGGAGCGUGUGGUGACUGCACUUGGGAAACAUUGGCAUGUGGAACAUUUUGUGUGCGCCAAGUGUGAGAAGCCUUUCUUGGGACAUCGCCACUAUGAGAAGAAGGGCCUGGCUUACUGUGAGACGCAUUAUCACCAGCUAUUUGGAAAUCUGUGCUUUGUGUGUAACCAGGUGAUUGCAGGGGAUGUUUUCACUGCUCUUAACAAGGCAUGGUGUGUGCACCACUUUGCCUGUUCUGUCUGUGACCAGAAGAUGAACCAGAAGACCAAAUUCUAUGAAUGUGAUUUGAAGCCAGUGUGCAAGAAAUGCUAUGACAAGUACCCUAAUGAGCUACGGCGUCGACUGCGAAAAGCCCACGAACAGACGCCCAAGAAAUCACCUGCUUAGGUAUUUAGUCUCGGAGGAUUGUAAUCUCAAUAUCUGUUGUAGAAGGUGAUAGGUUUAGUGGUUAUGUUCAAGUCAGUAUGUGUGCAUCUUUUGUCCACAAACUGCAGGGUCCAUUUUAAAUAACCUUUGUUUUCAUCUGUAUUUUUUAUUCACAUUUUCUAAUAUAUGUAAUGAUUCUUGGUAACAGGAACUUUGCAUGUGAGGAAAAGUGAAAUUAUUAUGUAUUAACUGCACAUAAACACUUGCAUGUUACAGCAGUUUUUCACUCCAGAAAGAUCAACCUAACACCCUUCUUCAAAAUGUUGUUUAUUAUCACUGUUAGAUCCACAUAAGCUCAUUGUUAUUUGGUAAGUUAUUUAUCCGCAGUACUGUAUUGUUUUAAUUAUUCCUGCUUCGUUUUUUAUGUCAUUCGGCAGCAUCAAUAAUCUCUCCCCAUCUGCUGAAAUUUCUCUUUAAAGAGAGAACGUACAUAAGAAAUAUGAAACAAAAUGUUUGUAGGUGUUGCCCUCCCUUCACCUUAUACCACAUUUUUUUUUUGUCAGGUUCAGAUCUGGGUAGUAAAAUGGCAGAUACAAAACAAUGUGAUUCUUGAAGAUUUAAUUAAAAUGUACUUGUUAUUUCAUGGAUUGUGCAGUUUCUUGAAGGCAUAUAAAGCUGGUUUUGGCAUUUUAUAUUGAAAAGGAAUAUGCCUUUCUUCUCGCAAUUUUGUUAUUUAUUUCGUUGUUUGGUUAAUAGAUACAUUAUUUACAACAAUUUUCCCAGAAAACUGCAGUUUGGUUGCAGGUGCUAUGGUAAUUGCACAUCCAUCUGUGAAGAGGACAUUUUCUCAAGGCAAAGUAGUGGGAAAUUGAAGAUGGCU